AUGGCUUUACCACCAAAAAUCCUGAUCGUGGGUGGCGGUGUCUUCGGAUUAUCCACCGCCCUUUCACUCUCCCGGAGGCACCCCACAAGCCAAAUUACCGUUCUAGAGGCAUCGCCCACGAUCCCAAACCCUCAUGGCUCCUCCGUUGACGCCUCCCGCAUUGUCCGCGCCGACUACUCCGACCCCGUAUACACAAAGCUCGCAAACGCCGCCAUCGAGCGCUGGCGCACCACCGAAUGGGGCGCCUCGGAUAAUCGCUACAACCAAAGCGGGCUCCUCCUCGUCUACCCAGAAGGCAACACCAACGGCAAAGAAUACGCGCGCAAGAGCUACAGUAAUGUCAAGCCGCUGGAAGGCGAUAAUGUCGAGCUCCUGCGGACGAAGAAAGACGUGCUCCGCGUAGCGCACGCCUACGGGGAGGAACUGAAUGUUGCAGGCGGCUACGUGAACUGGGGAUCCGGGUGGUCGGACGCCGAAGCCGGAGUGCGGUAUGCAAAGAAGCUUCUGGACGCGGAAGGCAAGGUUCGCUUUGCGACGGGGGAGGUUACGAAGCUUCUGUACGCGGACGACCAGCGUAAGGUGACGGGUGUGCUUUUGGCCGAUGGGAGGUCGGUCGCGGCUGAUCUGGUGGUUCUGGCGACGGGGGCGUGGACGGCGAAGCUCGUUGAUCUUCGGGGGCGGGCGAUCUCGACGGGGCAGGCGGUUGCGUUUCUGCGGAUUUCAGAUGAGGAGCAGCGGCGGUUGGAGGAUAUGCCUACUAUAUUGAACUUUGCGACCGGCUUCUUUAUUAUCCCGCCGCGCAAAAAUUUGUUGAAGAUCGCGCGCCAUGCCUAUGGGUAUGUUAAUCCGAAGCAGGUGCCUGUGCCUGGGGUGGAAGGGGCGACAAUGGAAGUCAGUCUGCCGGAAAAUGGGGUCCCGGUCCCACUGGAGGGCGAAGAUGCUCUGAGGUCCGAGUUGAGGCAGUUGCUCCCUAGUCUGGGUGACCGGCCGUUUGUCGAGACCCGGGUCUGUUGGUAUACCGAUACACCCGAAGGUCACUUCAUCAUCACUUAUCACCCCGACCACCCGAAUCUCUUCCUCGCGACGGGUGGUAGUGGGCAUGGAUACAAGUUCCUCCCGGUGCUUGGGGAGAAGAUCGUGGACGCUCUGGAAGGUAAACUUGAGCCGGAGCUGCAGGAUGUCUGGAAAUGGCCGGCGGCUGUAGAGGGCGAAUUCGAAGGUGAUGGAAGCCGGUCUGGGCGGAAGGGCUUACGCCUGAUGGAGGAGUUGGCAAAGACCAAGAAGGCGCAGCGGAGGGGCGUCCUGUAAUUGGGAUGGGUACCCAAGCCUUGCACAUAUAACAUAGACCCCGGAGAUACUAUAUCUUGUAACAUAUACAUCCUACAAAAUCAUUCGGUUGGCAGAUUCAUGGUCACUAACCAAUGAGACAAACAAACUAC